CCUUCCAUCAUUCUCUGUUGAGAAACUAGAGAGGAAUCAUGCCUGAACCCGCCAAGUCCGCGCCCAAGAAGGGCUCAAAGAAAGCCGUCACCAAGACCGCCGGCAAAGGAGGCAAGAAGAAGAGAAAGACCAGGAAGGAGAGCUACGCCAUCUACGUCUACAAGGUGCUCAAGCAGGUCCACCCCGACACCGGCAUCUCCUCCAAGGCCAUGAGCAUCAUGAACUCCUUCGUCAACGACAUCUUCGAGCGCAUCGCCUCCGAGGCUUCUCGUCUGGCUCACUACAACAAGCGCUCCACCAUCACCUCCAGGGAGAUCCAGACCGCUGUGCGCCUCCUGCUGCCCGGAGAGCUGGCCAAGCACGCCGUGUCUGAGGGCACCAAGGCCGUCACCAAGUACACCAGCUCCAAGUAAAAAGGACUGCCGUCAACAAACAAACCCAACGGCUCUUUUAAGAGCCACCCACAUGAUCUGAAGAGCUUAUAUUCCUUGUUGUAGAUGUAAAUGUUCUCUUUUCUGUGUGGUAUUGAUGUCAAAGGCUGAUGCAGAAAAUGGCGAAUCAAUGCGGACAGCGGUGCUUUCAAUGGUGCUGAAGGCUGAAGAGAAGACCAAUGAGAACCAUUUUUUGUACUAUACUUAUUUCUGAUUCAUGGAAAAACAGUCCAUUGGUCACUAUUUCACAUUAACAAUCCUAGGACCCAUUUACACUAGGACGAUUUCUGUGUGAUCAGUAUUUCACCUGAAAAGCACAUGUUAAUGGUAUAUGGAAGCGUAUGUGUACUAAAAAUAAAAGUCAAUACUGGAAAUGCUAAUUCAUUUUCAA